UUGAAUGAGAUUGUUUCGAUUUCAGAUUAUUCACUUGUGCAGAUUCAACGAUGUGGCUUUGCAUCUGCGAGCAGUAAGGUAAUAGCUGAAAAGGAUGAUAAAAGUUUUAUAGAAAGUGAUGUGGAGAAAUUGUGCAGUCACGUUUGUAUCAAUUAUUUCGUGCAAGGUGAAGAACCAGGUCCAAAAAUUCUACCCGAUUCCGAAUAUCCACAGUGGUUAUUCGAGCUUGAUUUACGGCCACCUCGACCACUGGAAGAUCUCGAUCCUGAUUUGGAUGGAUGGUUGUAUUGGAGGGAGUUGCGAAGAAGACAAGUGCAACAGUCAAGGCGUUUCGAGAAAUUGCGAACACGUUUCCUUCAUUUGCAAAAUUCUCCUACAAUGAAGAAGGCUUUCGGCUUUAGUGAUACACCUGUUAAGAUUGAAUCGUAA